AUGUCCGACGAUUACACACAGGAAGAGAUUUGGUCCUCGCCGGUCCAAGCCGACCGUCCGAGGACCCCCAGGACUCCCAAGACACCCAAGACUCCAACCCAGGAACGUGAGCCUAUAGACCAUGAAGCUGCGCUGCGCAAGGAGCUCGAAGGUGUACGAAACAUCAACGAAUCCAUCGAGGGCGUUAUUGCGACCCUAGAGCGUGCCGGGGGCAACAUGGAUGUACGUGCCGUGCUCCGUGCCUGCUGCCACGUCUACUGA